AUGAUCUUCAAGGCUUCGCUGAUAUGGAGUGUGCUGGCCCUCGCGGCUACAGCGCUCCCUGCCUCUACUGGUAUUCACGUAGACAACAAGCAGCCACCUCCAUCAUAUCCGAUUGGCCAAGUGAAAGGCCCAAAUGCCAAAGUAUCAGGCCGACUCUUCAACAUUGAUGGCAAAAAGGGUUAUUUUGCCGGAAGCAAUGCUUGGUGGCUUGCACACUUGAGCAACAACAAUGACAUCGACAUCGCACUCAGCCAGGUGGCCAAGACCCAGUACAAAGUCCUCCGUGUCUGGGGUUUUGGCGACGUGAACACGCUUCCAGAUCCGAGUAACGCGGACCCGAAUAAAGUCUACUUCCAGGUGCUCAACUCGACUGGCAGUUACAUUAAUUACGGCCCCGACGGCCUGCAGAGGCUCGACUACGCGGUCUCGGCAGCCGAGAGGCACGGUGUCAAGCUGGUCCUAAACUUCAUCAACAACUGGGGCGAUUACGGCGGAAUCAAGGCUUACACAAACGCGUUCGGAGCUAACGCGACGGAGUGGUUUACAGACGCGACAUCGCAGAAGGUGUAUCGGAACUAUAUCAACGUCCUGGUCAACAGGUACAAGAAGUCCAACGCCAUCUUCGCGUGGGAGCUCGGAAACGAACCGCGCUGCAAGGGCUGCCCCACAUCGGUCAUCACGAAGUGGGCGACGGACGUUUCCAAGUAUAUCAAGAGCCUCGACUCAAGCCACAUGGUCACGCUAGGCGACGAGGGCUGGUUUGCCCCCGGGACUGCCCUCAGUGGCGACGACGGGUCGUACGCCUACUCCGGCGGUGAGGGCGUCGACUUUGUCGCAAAUCUGGGCAUCAAGACGCUCGACUACGGCACCUUCCACCUGUACCCGGACUCGUGGGGAUACGAGUACCCCUGGGGUAACGACUGGAUCUUGCAGCACGACGAGGUUGGCAAGAAGUCCGGCAAGCCUGUCAUCCUAGAAGAGUACGGUGCGCCAUUCCCCGGCAACCACACGCCCAUCUACAAGCCGUGGCAGGAUACCGUGGUCAAGAGCGGUAGUGUGCCCGGGCCGAUCCUUGGAGAUGUGAAUACGAUAUACUACAAUGACACGGAGUACAAGGUCUUGGGCUUUGAGCAUGCGGCUGCUAUGCUCAAGAAGAAGGUCUGA